UUCUCCUUCCCUUCUCCAGUCCGAAAGCUCUCUCUUUAAUCCUUCCUUCCUUCUUCUUCUUCUUCUUCUUCUUCUUUUCGAUCUGGUUCGUUUCUUUGGGGUGGUUGUUGGAGGAGGAAGAGGAGAUGGGGAGGGGGAGAGUGGAGCUGAAACGGAUCGAGAACAAGAUCAACAGGCAGGUGACCUUCGCGAAGCGCAGGAACGGGCUGCUUAAGAAGGCCUACGAGCUGUCGGUGCUCUGCGACGCCGAGGUCGCCCUCAUCAUCUUCUCCAACCGCGGGAAGCUCUUCGAGUUCUGCAGCAGCUCCAGUAUGUUGAAAACACUGGAGAGGUACCAAAAAUGCAAUUAUGGGGCACCGGAGACAAAUGUCAUAUCAAGGGAGACUCAGAGUAGUCAGCAAGAAUACUUGAAGCUGAAGGCCCGUGUCGAAGCCUUGCAGAGAUCACAAAGAAAUCUGCUAGGUGAAGAUCUGGGGCCCCUCAACAUCAAAGAGCUCGAGCAACUUGAGCGCCAACUUGAUGCAUCAUUAAGACAAAUAAGAUCAACACGGACUCAGUACAUGCUCGAUCAGCUGACGGAUCUCCAAAGACGGGAGCAAAUGCUGUGCGAAGCAAAUAAAGCCCUGAAGAGAAGAUUGGAGGAGAGCAACCAAGCCAACCAGCAACAACUGUGGGAUCCCAACACCUACGGCCGCCAGCAACCUCAACCGCAGGGUGACGGCUUCUUCCAACCCAUAGACUGUGAACCUACUCUCCAAAUCGGGUAUCAUCCAGAUCAAAUGGCCAUUGCAGCAGCAGCUGCUGCUGCUGCUGCUGCUGGCCCAAGCGUCAGUAACUACGUGCCAGGAGGAUGGCUUGCAUGAGCGAGAAGAGUUCGAGUUCGAGUUCGAGUUCUCGCCGUCGCCGUUCAUCGUGCCUUAAGUGGGGUGUUGUACGUCACUAGCGAACGCUCCUAUUUCUUGUGCUAUUAUUGCUGUGGUUGUAAUUGGGUAUAUAGUCCUGUUGAUGAACUGCUAUCAUAAAGAACUCGUCUAUGUGCGUACGUGAUCUUAAAUUGGAAGUCCUUAUGGAUGAACCUGUUGUAAUAUUUAUUUUUGAUUAGAAUUAUCGGAUGGUUGAGAUGGA